AUGAUUAUUAAGAAUGUUUCACUGAAUGAUGACAGUACCUUUGGUCCACUGGGAAGGUACGAGUGUCACGCUUUUGCAGUUGGUGACCCUGUGGAGAAAAAACAUGGAUUUAGUGUCAAUGUCAUUGGAAGUAAGUCAUUCUCGUUGAGCAGUGGUGGAGCAGUCACUGAGUGUUAGCAGCUUACCCCUAUAAUUAGAAGUUUGCUACCCCAGAUAGAAUUUGUUUCUAAAAAAGUCCCAAAAGUAUAUGAUUUUCAGAAAGGAGAAGAGUUUUCUUUAACCAGCGAUCAGAAGUUCUUUUUCUUUUUGAUCUCAUGAUCUCACAGGUUUCUAUGGCGCUAAUAGAGUUAAACGAGGUUUACAAGUUGUACUGUUGGUUUUCACAUGACGUAACUAAAAUUCAAACUACGAAACUAUCAAUGCUACUGAGAUUUUACUUUCAUGUUGUAUUAGAGAAGCUGAGAACUAAUGUUCAAAAAAUUUUUGCUUCAAAAGAGUUCUUGGUUUUGUAAUAAAGCACGCUUGAAUUGACUGAGAAUUUACAUGACCGCCAAGAGAGCUGUCAUGUAGGUUAAAAAAGUGAAUUUUUGGGGGAAUUUUGCUCUCUAAACAGUUCAUGUAUUAGAAAAAGUAUUACUUUAAUGUUUAUGAGUUCCUCUAGGAGUAAAUUAACACUUUUUAACAGAUAUUUCGGCUGGUUUCCGUCCGCCAUGUUGGUGCUUAUCCGGGUGGGCACCAGCAUGGCGUCUCCAUACAAAUCUCUAUAAAUUUGGGUAAAUAACUUAUCUCGCACACGAAUCAUUCCUUCGACUUAAAUCUUGGCGAGGGUCUUUGUAUAUUUACCUCCUUUCAUUUCCCAGAUUCUGGACUUUAUCUAUCGAAUGGUUUUGAUUUUGAUUUUUAUCUAUUUUGAAUGGCGUGACACUGGAAACCAGCAAUUGGUCUAGUUUAGAACAAGUUGUGGAUCUUGUGAGACGACUUAUUGGCUGUCUCUACUAGCUUAAAUAUAGUUUGUCAAGGUGAGAUUUCUUUUAAGUAUGAUCAAAUAUAUGUCGACUGCUUCUUGCAGAAAAUGAACAGUUAAACUAGUUCAAAUGAUUGAUAACCUUGUUACAGGUGGAAAUUUAGGACAUAGCCUUACGAUUUCAAACAUCAAUUUUCUUGAGGUUGUAGUUUAGAGUGCCUUUGAUAUCUCUUUAGAAGACGAGAUCCCUUCUGUGGCUGUAUCGAAAUUCGGUCUGCUACGGCAUGGACAGAACAUAACGAUCAUUUGCAGCGUGACUAAAGGCUCGCAGGCAAGUAGAACAACAGUGAAGAGGAUUUCAUGGUUCAAGAAUGGGAUGUUAGUAGAAUCAGUUCGAAAUCCAGAUCCCGAUAAUCCACAAGAUCGCCUUAGACCUCUCAUUAUCAGAGAUAUUGGGACUAGAGAUGAUGGAGUUUACACGUGUCUUCUUGAAGCGUUGCUGCGUAAUAUCAAAGCACACAAUGUGUCUGACAGCAGUGUGAUAAGUAAGCUUCUAUUUUAG